CCGUCUCCGGUGGUUUUCCCCCACCAGCGCUCCCGGGAGGGUUUGGGCUGCCCGGGGACCCUUCAGUGGGACUCCCUGGAGAGAUGCGGGCAAGAGCCCGGGCGGGGCAGCUCCCGUGAGACCCCCCGCCAUGGGUUUCUUCCCCGGGGAGGCCGUGGCGGCGGAUCCCGGCUGAGCCGCGGGGCAGGGCCCUUCCUGCAGCAGGAACCUCCCGAGGAGACGUUUCCUCAGCCACGCGGCUCCAUCGCCCCGACGGGAGGGGACAGGGGUCGCGUGUCCCCCCCUCCAGGCCGUGCCGGGGGCCGGGCAGCCGCCGAGGAGCCCGGCCCCGUGUCUGGUCGAGGCAGGAAACGGGGCGAGUCGGGCCCAGCCCGGCGCGGCGGCAGCGGGAGGCGGCGCCGUGAGCUCCGCGCCCGCCGCAGGCAGAGCGGCCGGGGCGGCCAUGGAGGCGGCGGAGGAGGCGUUGGUGCUGGUGGAAUAUGGCUUCGAGUACCGAGCCAAGGACGGGACCCUGGUGUCCAUCAAACCCAACGAGCGCUACGUGCUGCUGAAACGCACCAACCCGCACUGGUGGCACGUCAAGAGGAGCGGGGACCCCCGACCCUUCUACAUCCCUGCCCAGUACGUGAAGGAGCUGCCCCCCAUCGCUAGCCCGGCCCCGCUCGACCCCUCACCGCCGGGACAUGCCGUGCCAGCCCCGGGCACGGGCACAGCCACGGGCACGGCCACGGGCACAGCCACAGCCUCGCUCCCUCCCCGGCCAGACUACGAGUAUCGGUUCAUCGGCGCCCCCCAGACAGAGGAGCCAUCCAGAGGAUGCUCAGUGCCCAGGAAGGACUCGGUGCCCAGGAACGACUCGGUGCCCAGGAGGGACUCGGUGCCCAGGAAGGACUUCGUGCCCAGCAGGGACUCACCACCAGUGCUCAGCUCUUUCCGGGUGCCCCCGGGGCUGAGCCCCCACACCUCUGAGCCUGUGAGACCCUCGCACUCCCUGGAUGACCUGGCACGGAUGACACGGGCACCAGCUGCUGCCACCAGCGUGGGGGCACACGGGGACCCCCUGGCACGCGCUCAGCCGCUGGGGAAGAGCCGCUCUGAGACCCUCUACCCCCCUGGCAAGGACAAGGACACGGGUAGGAGGUGGCAGCGGCCCAGCCACACGGUUCAGGCGCAGAAGGAGCCCGAGGAGUCACCCGCCCCCAUCUACCUCAACAUCCAGGAGCUGCGGGAGGAGGCGGCUGCGGGGGCGGCCCCGGAGGAGCCCGGCGGCUCGGGGGGGCAGUGGGAGACCCACACGGACACGAGCACCGGCCACUUGUUCUAUUACAACCCCGGGACGGGCGAGAGCACGUGGGACUGUCCGUUCGGGGAGGAUGGAGUGAGUGCCGCCUCCUCCCCCGCCCCCAGCCCCGACGGGCCGCCCUGGGAGCAGCAGCCGGAGGGAGGAGGGGGACAGGGCUUUGGCUGGCAGUGGGUGGCAGGAGAGACGGCGUGGGACCUCCCCAGGCCAGGAGACGGAGCUGGCUGCCAGCAGAGGUACCCUGGGGGCACCCGGUGCGGUGCCAUGGAGCAGAGGCCACCCACUCCAGAAACAGACUAUCCCGACCUGUCAGCGGAUGAACUGGAGGCUUAUUCCGAGGAGAACUACUCACCUGCAGGCUCCUACGAUCAGGGGGGCACUUUCUGGCUGUCCCCCAGGCCCCCUGAGGAGCUGGGCUCACCCCCGGGCUGGUAUGGGCACAGCCACCCCGAGGGGACCGUCUUCUGCCCCGAGUACUUCACCCCCGACACGGCAGUGGCUGGUGGCCGGCAGGAACGGGCCAGCAGCGGCUCCAGCCAGGACAGCGGGCUCUUGGCCUGGCACAGCACCGUGCCAGGGCUCAGGGAGGACAAGCUGAAGAGCCUGGAGAAAGCCGGCGUGCUGAACAGGACCAAGACGGUGGACAGGGGGAAGAGGCUCCGGAAGAACUGGAGCUCCUCCUGGACCGUGCUGGAGGGCAGGAUCCUCACCUUCUUCAAGGACUCCAAGCACUCGGCUGCCGGUGCCUUGCGGCAGCCCAGCACCCUGAGCACCCCCGAGCACACCGUGGAGCUGAGCGGGGCCACGCUGGCCUGGGCUGCCAGGGACAAGUCCAGCAAGAAGCACGUCCUGGAGCUGAAGACGCGGGAGGGCUCCGAGUUCCUCCUGCAGCACGACUCGGAGCAGGUCAUUGUCGCCUGGCACAAGGCAAUCGCCGACGGCAUCAGCAGGAUGGGCACCGACCCCCCUGGCGAGGAGGAGGCUGAGAGCGGGGCGGAAUUCGGCUCCCGGGAAUUCGGCGACGAGAGGAGGGCGGUGCCCGGGCAGGCCGUGGGCAGCGCCAGCGGCGAGAGCGAAUCCAGCAAAGUGCGGAACAAGCUGCGCAAGUUCCUGCAGAGGCGGCCGACGCUGCAGUCCCUGCGCGACAGGGGCUACAUCAAGGACCAGGUUUUCGGCUGCCCGCUGCAGGCGCUGUGUGAGCGGGAGCGGGGCACGGUGCCGCGCUUCGUCCUGCUCUGCAUCCAGACGGUGGAGAGGAGAGGUCUGGACAUGGACGGGCUGUACCGGGUCAGUGGCAACCUGGCCACCAUCCAGAAGCUGCGCUACAAAGUGGAGCACGACGAGCAGCUGGACCUGGAUGACGGGCGCUGGGAGGAUGUUCACGUCAUCACCGGGGCGCUGAAGCUCUUCUUCAGGGAGCUGCCAGAGCCACUCGUCCCCUUCGGCCACUUCGACAAGUUCAUCGCGGCCAUCAAGAUGCAGGACCCGAGCAGACGGAGCCGCUGCGUCCGUGAGCUGGUGCUGUCCCUCCCUGCCGCCCACCACGACACCAUGAGCACCCUGUUCCGCCACCUCUGCAGGGUGACGCAGCGCAGGGAGCAGAACCGCAUGUCUGUGCAGAGCCUGGCCAUCGUCUUCGGGCCCACGCUGCUGCGCCCGGCCAGCGAGGAGCCCCCCAUGGCCGUGCACAUGGUGUUCCAGAACCAGGUGGUGGAGCACAUCCUCAACCACUGCAGCUCCAUCUUCCCCGAGGGCUAAACCCUGCCCCCCGCGCCCGGGGGAAGGACUGGCGGCUGGCACCGGCCCGUGGGCACGCUGCAGGGAGGGGGGGUGGAGCUGCGGGCACCCCGAGUGCCCCCCUGCCAGCCCUGGCUGAGCCCCAGGGGGCUGCGGUGGGGGGGGGUCUCCCAUGGAUGAGGUGGAGCCCUGUGGUUGCUGAUGUGGUGGCCCCAGGGUGGGAGGAUGGAGGUGCCAGGUCGGGCUGUGCCCGUGGGGACGGGGGGCAGGAGCCCACCGCCGUGUCCCCAAUAAAGAGCGCACUGAGCA